UCAGCUUCGCAUUGGUGGUGUUGUCUUGUGCAAGUGAUUUUCAGCUUAUUAAUAGAAUUGUUAAGUAAACAGUUUAGAAAGUAAGAUGAAGUAAAAGUUUUGAGGAAUUGAAAGAAGAAUCGAAGAAGAAGGGUCAAAGAGCAUAGAAACAUAAUAGAUAAUGCGAACCCUUUGCGACGUAUGCGAGAGCGCCGCUGCCAUUCUCUUCUGCGCCGCCGAUGAGGCUGCUCUCUGCUCUGCUUGUGACCAAAAGAUCCAUAUGUGUAAUAAACUUGCUAGCAGACACAUUCGGGUUGGCCUUGCUGACCCCACUGAUGUUCCACGCUGUGACAUAUGUGAAAAUGCACCUGCUUUCUUUUACUGUGAGGUAGAUGGUAGUUCGCUGUGUCUGCAAUGUGAUAUGAUUGUGCAUGUUGGUGGUAAAAGAACUCAUGAAAGAUAUCUUCUAUUGAGGCAAAGAGUUGAGUUUCCAGGUGAUAAACCUGCCCAAAUGGAAGAACUAGGGCUGCAACCACUGGAUCAGAAUGAAUUUAGGAGGGAUGAAAAUCAGUUUCUCAAGCUAAAAACAAGAGAAAUUCAGCAGAAUCACAGUAUCUUGCCUGUUCCAAGACAAGAAAAUAAUAUCGAUGGUCAUAGAAAAAUUGAUAAAAAGUUAAUUGAUCUGAACACCAGGCCAUUGCGGUUAAAUGGACCAGCACCAAACAACCAGGAACAAGGUAUGGAUAUUUUAAGAGGCAGUAAUCAUGAAUUUGCAAGUGUGCCACCAGUUGAAUCCUACAAACAAGGGGCUGAGAAGUAAUAAAGACCAAAUCAAUGAGGGGAAAUAGUUACUUUCAUACGAAUGAGAUGCAUAAUGAAGGUCGCUUAAAGUCGCUGGUAUAUAUCAAGUUUUCUUAAAGCAGCUUAUGUUAACUACAUCCUUAGCAUUUUGGUUUGUUAAACUUAGUCUGACAACAGAGGAACUGUUGGUCAUAUAACUUCAUGAUAUUUAUUACAUGUCUACAUAUUAUAUAUGAUUAAACCCUCAAAUUAUUUAAA